AUUCUUGUAUUGUUCGUGCACUUGGCGCCAUUUGAUGCCGAAAUUAGGAGCCUGCAUCACAACGUUGCGAAAUCACUUGAGAUUUUCCUCUGUCUGUCUCUCUCUUUUGGCUACGCGGUACGAGAAAUCCUUGCACGUGGAUAAACAACAUCUUUUGAAGUUGCGAUUUGCUUAAGUAGAACAGGCCUGAAAGAUGAGUUCUGCCAGUGUAUGUUACCGUUGCAAUAAGCAGGGUCAUUUCGCCCGUGAAUGCAGAGAAUCUCAAGGAGGAGGCGACCGCGGUGGUUACAGAGGAGGACGCGAGAAUAAAUGCUACAACUGUAACCGAAUCGGACACUUCGCACGUGAGUGUAAAGAAGAUCAGGGUAAAUGCUACAAGUGUAAUAAUCAAGGCCACAUAGCCAAAGACUGCACGUCGACCACCAGUGAAUCCCAAUGCUACAAUUGCAAUGAUAUUGGCCACUUUGCCCGAGAGUGUCCGAAUAUGAGAGGUGGCGAUGGUGGUUCUGGCUCCAGCCAGACCUGUAGACUUUGUGAUGAACCUGGACAUUUUGCUAGAUCCUGUCCGAAGAAUAGUAGAAGUUGUUACCGAUGCGGUGUCGCUGGUCACAUCAGCCGUGAAUGCACCGUUGCUGAGUAACCACGAAGACCCUAUUCAAAUUUAAGUUUGAUAAAGAUAAUUAUUUUGUUAACGGGACAUUAUGUUUAAAUCCACCUCUAUUUUUCUCAUCUUUGGUCGCUCAUAUCUAACAGCUCUUGCCCCCUUUCUACGUUUAUCCCAUCCAACCUCACCAUGCUCAGGUUCAGACAUGUCUACCAAGAAAAGUUCUUAUCAUGUUAACCUCAUCAGCCUCUCAUCCUCAUUUCACUUUGUUUUACGCAUUCUUUCAAGAGGCCAUCUGGUACCGAUCUUACCAUGAGCCUGAAUUCAAUAGCCGACACCUAUUACGAUGUGUAUAGCCUUCCUCAAUCCUCUUACAGUAGAUUCCGAGUGUCAACGUUUGUUCUCAUUCCUACCUUUGUGCUUUGUAAUCAAAUGGAACCUAUUAGUUGCUCCCUGAGCCUCUAAUCCACAGACGUACUUAUGGUGUUCAUUUCCUAUUUCAACCUGUUCAAUUUUUUCUCCGAAGUUAAGCUCGAAUGAAUGUCAGGAAAAUUUGAUUACGCCAAUGUUUUGAAAGUCCUGGUGCCUCUCCUUAUUUUCAUCUGAGAUCCCCGAAAUACAAUGAAACGCAGCCCUACUCCAAAUCGGGAGCCAAAACUUAUUUUCCGAGAGGCGGCAAUAAGAGAAAUUCUUUUAUGUCGCAGUCAUUUAACUUAUUGUACUUACCCAUUAUAAGGUGCUAAUUCACCGAAUGUUCUUGUCAGGGUAUCAACGUUGACUUUAUGGUAGGUUCUAUGAUGCUGACUUUAGCAGGACUGAAGGAAUCCUCAUUUUAGGGUUGUCUUUCCCAAUGAAUUUUUCUCUCUACCAUCCAUUUCGCACUCCUCCCUGUGGCAGAAUCUUGCAGGUAGUUGGCUUUUAUUGCCUUCAAGGCUUUGAACCUCGGAAACCACUAAAUCUAAUAUUACCAUGGUCUCAUCGGUCUUCUGAGAUCCCAGGACUGCAACUGGUUAGAAACCAAGCGAAUUAACUCCUAUCUUCUAAGAUGUAUACCAUUUUGUCUGCUGUAAAUUCGUAUAGCUUUGAUCUCUCUUCCAUUGGGGCACCUUUCAUCAUUCUAAUUAGAUGUUGAAGCUAUUCAUUAUUAUUUGUAAGUACCCAAGCAUAUUAUAAGCACAAUGUUAGCAUUUUAUUGUUACCGCCCAUGUAUUCAAAUACUUCUUUCAUUAUAACCGGUCAGCAAUGGUCUUGUAAGCUCCAACCUGCUGGAAAAAGAAAGUAUCCUAAAUCCUCAGGAAUUUUAAACUCAACAUUAGCAUGGAAAAGGCCCAACGUGCAGCCAGCCAUAUGUUCAUAGCUCUAUGUUUUUAAUCAGGACCAAAAAAAUUCAAGCGCAGGAUGUCACUCAGUUUUUCUAUUACCUCUUUCAUUCCUCAUUAAAAUUGCUCAGGCCUCAUUUAGUAUUCAGUGCUGUGAAAACAGACCAAUUAGUUUGUUUUAUUGUCUUCACAGCAGUUUUUGCGAUUGUGUCAAGAGGGAUUUUUUUGCUCUCAUGUAAAUCUGAUCAGGAAGUACUUGAAUUCAAAAGUGGUCUCGUCCUCUAGCUCCUCAAAUGAUAGGAAAGCUGAGGUUUCUAGAUAAAGUCCUCUCAGCCGAUGAAGGUGUCGGUUGAGUGGCAACUGCAAUGUUCUGCACAAAACAUAGAAUUGCGUUUUUCUGUCAUUUAGUUUCUUACUCUGUUCACAUUUGCUUCAACUGUGGAUUAAUUUCUCGAAAUAAAAGGCCUAAGUAUUUAA